UCGGCUGCCCACAAUGCCCCGCGCCAGUGGCGCGCGAUGGUUCUGAGGCUCGAGGGCUGAGGGGAGUCGAGCGGAGGCGGCGCUACUAUGGCGGCGGCGCUGCUGUCCCGCGUGUGGUCGUCUUCUGUUUCUGGGCCGCGUUAUUUUCUCAGGUGCAGUGCUACCGGUACUUGUUCAGUAGAGAAAUGGUUUUCAAAAGAAAGUAGUUCAGAUAACCGUCCAAAGCACCCACUGACAGCAUACAUUCGAUUUUAUAAAGAACAGCAACCCUUUUAUAAGAAACAACAUCCAGGCAUAGGUGUUGUGGACAUCACAAAAAAGAUAGCACACGCUUGGAGGGAGCUGCCAGCAUCUGACAAACAACCAUAUGAAGCAGCCGCCAAGACUGACAGACAGAUCUACAAAGAACAAAUGAUCAAAUACAAAGCACAACUAACUCCUGCCCAGGAGGCAGCUUUGAAAGAGGAAAGGAGGAGGAGAGUGGAAAAAAGAAGAGCAGCAAGAAAAAAGAGGCAACUAACAAUGCUUGGAAAACCUAAAAGACCUCGGAGUGCCUUCAACAUUUUUAUGUCUGAACACUUUCAAGAAGCUAAAGGAAUCUUAAUUCAGGCAAAGAUGAAAAAUUUAUUUGAAGAAUGGCAAAAAAUAAGCAGUUCCCAAAAGAAGACAUAUCAGCAACUUGCUGAGGAUGAUAAGAUCCGUUAUGAAAAUGAAAUGAAAUCAUGGGAGGAGCAAAUGAAAGAAAUUGGACGCGAAGAUCUUAUACGUUAUAAAAACAGAAGGAAACUAUCAACAAGAAAGAAAACUAAAAAAAAAGUUGCUUCAGAAAAGAGGGCUACAUCGUUAAAGAAGCCUUCGGGAAGCAAAGUUGCCUCAGCUGCAACGAAAAAGAAAGUUAAGGCAAGGCAGUCUGAGGAGUAAGUUGGAAAAUACUUGGAUUUCGUCAUUUCUGAUUGCAAGUGGAAAGAGACUGAAGUGAAGUCUUAUCAUUAAAGGAAAGACUCCCAAAUCAAAGGUUAGACUUAUUUUGGAAACUGUCAAGUAAGUAGAGUGAAUCAAGAUUGAGAGAAUUUAAGCAGUGAUUAAUCACGAGAGAAGAGGUGCUUAUCCCCAAAUGUGUAAAUAAGCAUUCUCUUAUAAUUUUUUGCAGAUUCUGUGAUCUGUAUAAAUUCAUAAUGUCUAGUCGCUUAUUAGAAAUAGAAAUUUAAUGUAGGCUGCAAGUUUAUUUUGUGUGUAAAUGCAUGUAAUCACUGGAGAAAGCAUGUAUAUUUGCUGAUUUCAGCCUUGUAAUUAAAGAACUACUGAACUUA